AUGCUUCAGAUUCUCGUCCGCAGUGUGACCGUGAUGGGCCUCGAGAUUGAGCCGAACGAGCUGGAGGCCAUGAUCGCCUUGGUGGACAUGAAAGAGACAGGCAGUGCAACCUACGAAGAUUUCGCUGCAGUCUUCGGCAACCCUGCUGAAACGCUGCGGCAGAUCAAUGUUGAAGCUGUCAAAGCUGCGUCGCGUGGUGAAGUGAGGGAGAAGAAGCUUCUAGACCUGCGGAACCUCGACGAAGAGAGCGAAGAAGAGGAGCCCUACGACAGAGAACCGCUCAAUCAAGCGAGCGGGUCAGGUAUUGCCAUAGCGGAAGAGAACAACGAGGAGGGCCAGGACGAUGAACUGGAGUUAGAGGAUGAUGGCCGCGACAAUGGCUGA